GGACUUGAUCUUAGAGGCUCGAGGAAUGCCGGCUGGUGAUAAAAUAUCUGUUGUCCUAGUCAUUUGACGAGGAGAUUACAAUAACAACAUCCGACAUGAGAAUGAUUCGAUCCGCGUACAUGAAUGCAACGAUACUAGUGAAGAGUGUGAUAAUUUGCUGCAGAUGCUGUUUCUACCUAUUCCUACUUCUAUAAAUUCCCAAAAGUUCCCCUGUGCUAGCUCGAAUCUCGUAUCACCAUAUACUUUCCAUCACACUUUGUCUCGCCCAUCAUGAAAUCCUUCAUUUCUUUGCUAGGACUUUCGUUCCUCACGUGCCAUGCCUCAGCCCAUUACAUCUUCCAGUCAUUCACCUACAAGAACAUCCAAUAUCCACCCUAUGGAUACAUUCGCGUAAACGAUAAUUACAAUAGUCCUGUUAUAGAUCUUGCUAGCAAUGAUCUACGAUGCAAUUCCGGUGGUGAGACGAGUAAGGGAACACAAACUAUUACAGUCAAAGCUGGCGAUUCUUUCUCUUUCACUGGGGAUAUACAGGUUUAUCAUCAGGGUCCUUUGUCCAUAUAUAUGGCAAAGGCACCAACAACUGCAGCAGCCUUCGAUGGAUCUGGCCAAGUUUGGUUUAAGAUCUUAGACAUUGGUCCUACCUUUACAAAUCAAGUAGCGACAUGGAAUCUUUAUCAAACAUAUACUUAUACUAUUCCGCCAAAUCUUCCUAACGGCGAUUAUCUCCUUCGUAUUCAACAGCUUGCUAUUCACAAUCCCUACCCCGGAGGGAUCCCUCAAUUCUACAUCGAAUGCGCACAAAUAACCGUCACAAACGGAGGCAGCGGAACUCCCGGCCCUCUAGUGUCCAUCCCCGGAGCCUUCUCCGACACCGAUCCCGGCUACACUGCAAACAUCUACUCGAAUUUUUUCAACUACACUGUUCCCGGCCCCGCCGUCUGGGCUUCUCAAGGGGGAUCUUCGGCAUACACUGGAAUUUCAAAUGGCAAUAAUGCGGCGACUACCUUGGCUAGCAUGCCGGCUGCAACGGGGGCCGCUACUACCGCGACGACGAUUGUGACUACGACUGCGGCUGGGUCUGGGUCUGCUACUAAGACCGGUACAAGCGCAACGGCUACGGCGACGGGAGCGGUAGUGCAGAAGUUUGGACAGUGUGGAGGUCAGGGAUGGACUGGAGGGACGACUUGUGUUGCGGGUAGUACAUGUACUGCUACUAAUGCUUACUAUAGUCAAUGCUUGUGAGAGGUAGAAACUGGCAAGAGUGAAAGGGUUAAGGAGAAAGUGACAUGAUGAAUGGCUUUGAUUGAUAUGAUAUCGCUGUGUAAGGCAGAGAGGAGCCAGAUUUGAGGAGGCUCAGUAUUGUAUAUAUGAAUGAUGAUGUUAUGGUGAUGCA